UCCUCUCUUCUAAUCUAUCUGUAUUUCACUAUAAUGUUUAUGCUGGUAAUUUGGUCUUCUGGCUCAAUCUCCACCUCUCAAUCAAUCAGUCCCAAGUCCUAGCUAAAACCCAACAGUUACAGUUAGCUAUGCUAUCUUCUUCCCAGUGGCGAUAGUAGUAGCACUACCUCCUGACUCAAGACAUCAUUGUUAUGCAAAGCAUCCGUCUAAUUAGGAGGAGGAUUAAUUGUCAGUGCUGAUGUUCAGAAGCAGCAAUAUUGUUGCCAGGGUUUUCGAGCGCCAAGUUCGCACCCUUCCUCCCGGCACUAGUGUUCAUUGUGCUAGGCAGUUUUAUGAGAAUUUAGUCCCAAGUUAUACCAUAUACGAUGUUGAGUGUCCGGAUCAUUCUUUGCGCAAAUUCACAGAUGAUGGUCAAUACCUCAUUAGUUUUAGCAGAAGUCAUCAGGAGCUGAUUGUUUAUAGACCAAAAUGGCUCUCGUAUUCAUGCAAAGGAGAACAUUGUGAUCUUCCCUCUAGAGCAAACAGGUUUGACAGCUUUUUCACUCAACUCUACUGUGUUUCACUUGCUUCCAGCAAUGAGGUUAUCUGCAAAGAUUUCUUUCUCUAUGUGGAGAGUAGCCAAUUUGGUGUUUUUGCUACUUCUACUGCACAAUUUCAUGAUACACCUGCCAUUGGAGGAGCUAUUCAGGGAGUUCCCUCCAUAGAAAGGAUUACUUUUCAUCUCUUAAGAUUGGAAGAUGGAGAAAUUCUGGAUGAGAAGGUCUUUCAGAAUGAUUUCAUUAAUCUCGCCCACAACAUGGGUGUCUUCUUAUAUGAUGAUUUACUGGCAAUCGUAUCACUUCGUUAUCAAACAAUUCACAUUCUCCAAAUUAGAGAAUCUGGUAAUCUUGUAGAUGUACGUGCUAUAGGUGCAUUUUGUCGGGAAGAUGAUGAGCUUUUCCUCAAUUCCAGUGCACAGCUGCAGUUCACAGUAAUCCCUGACAAAAGUAAAAUGCAUCAACCCUCUCGGAAUCAUAUUGAAAAUAAUGUGCCUAGUACACAACCGACUUCAGACAAUUCUUUUUUGAAUGGCAUCAAGCAACGCUUGCUCUCUUUCAUUUUUCGAGGGAUAUGGAAUGAAGAUAGACAUAAAACCACGAGGGUCCAAUGCUUGAAGAAGAAGUUCUAUUUCCAUUUUCAAGAUUAUGUUGACUUGAUUAUGUGGAAGGUACAAUUUCUGGAUCGACAUCACCUGCUAAUCAAGUUUGGUAGUGUAGAUGGAGGGGUAUCAAGAAGUGCUGAUCACCAUCCCUCAUUCUUUGCUGUAUAUAACAUGGAUACAACUGAAAUUGUUGCUUUUUACCAGAAUUCAGCAGAUGAGCUUUACCUCUUGUUUGAGCAGUUCUGCGACCAUUUCUAUGCAACAUCAAGAAAUUCGUUGCACAUGAAUUUCAUAUCUUCCCAUUCAAACAACAUUCAUGCUUUUGAGCAACUUCGAACCAUUAAGAAUAAAGCUAGCAGUUUUUCACAGUUUGUGAAGAAGAUGCUGGCUUCUUUGCCUUUUAGUUGUCAAUCACUGAGUCCUUCUCCAUAUUUUGACCAAUCUCUCUUUCGGUUUGAUGACAAGCUCAUAUCUGCAACAGAUCGGCAUAGGCCUUCAACAGACCAUCCUAUUAAAUUCAUUUCUAGACGGCAGCCAUGUGUCCUCAAAUUUAAGAUCAAGCCAGGUCCUGAAGCUGGAAGUAUAGAUGGUCGAACCAAAAAGGUUUCAUCUUUCCUCUUUCAUCCAUUUUUACCCCUUGCUCUCUCCAUUCAACAAACGUUGUUCAUGCAGCCAUCAGUUAACAUCCACUUCAGGGGAUGAAGAUGAUGGUUCUAUUGUUUGGCAAUAUCCCAUUUGUAUGUCAGCUUAUUCUGAGAUUUGAGAUGAGAUUAAGCAGAAUGCACAGUUAUUUAGGUUCGCCAUAAUUGGAUCUGUCAGUUAAUUACCAGCUUUCAUGCGGUUAUGGUCUGACCAGGUUGUAGAUUUGCAGAUCGAGUCACAAAGUGAUUCGUAAAGUUCGCACCAUCUUGUAGGUAUAAGGAGACUGCAUUCAUGAUUUUCAUGUCCAAAAUCAUGCAACUUAUGUUUGGUUGAUGAUAAUAUGAUAUAGUGAAUGUAGGGGAAAUUUUUAAUCUCUCUAUAUUGUUUAUUUCAUUUAGCUAUAAAUACAAUCCAACUAUUUCUUAUUUA